AUGCUUUUACCAAAUUAUGAUCAGGUGCAAAUCGAUUUAACCUGCAACGAAGUGAUACCGUUAGAAGAACUCUCAUUUAAUGUAGCUGAAGAAAAUGAUAUUAGUUCAUCAACGUACGCGUUGCAAUGUGGUUUUGAUUCCGACGACUCUGUGCGUGAUAAAGACUAUCUCCCAUCUGAUUCAAGUGAUGACGUUGAAUCAGUUAAACCAAGAAGCCAAAAGUCCCAACUGUUACAAACAAACAAAAGUUCUAAAAAAAGGGUUCAGAAUCCAUAUUUACACCAGCUGUGGUCAAGUGUGUGGUCACGAAGAGCUUAA